UUUUCUAGGUACUAUUCAAUUUCAAAUAUUUCCUCAUUGUAUGAAAAUAUUUCUACGCCUCAUUUGGGCGGUGGGCGAGUGAUACGGCGUCGUCCAGGAGAAGGGGGCGUGUUAAGUUUUAUCAAAUCGAUCAUGGUGAAAUGUGAAGAGAUGGAUGAAGAAAUGAUAAAUCUCCAUUGAUGGAGAAUGAAGGAAAAAUGCAGAGGAAAAGUGACGAAGAAGAAAGAGAACAAAGGAGAGUAUUUUUCAUUAAUGGACUACAUUGUGAAAGUUGUUUUCAAGCUCUAUGCCUUAUAUAGGCUUACUAACUAACUAACUAACUCUAAUAGGGCGGUCUGUGUCGAGGGGCCGAGGUGACGCUGCUUCUAUUAGUUCCGCCGCCUCGGGGCCUAAAAAUGCUGUCUCGCGGCGGCGGAGGUCUGUAUCUGUGGCGAGGAAUGCUACUCCGACUACGGAUAAGGACGCUGUCGCUGCUGAUUUGGGGAUGCGACGGCGGAGGUCGUUAUCGGUGGCGAGGAGUAGUGCGAAUGCUGUUCCAAUUCGGGACAAGGAUGCCGUCGCGGCUGAAGCGGGGACGCAGCGGCGGAGGUCGAUGUCAGUGGCGAGGUAUCAGAUUAGCGACUCUGAGAGUGACAUAGAUUGUUCUCGGAAUACAAGCAAUCAUGCUACUACGAUAGCUCCUACUAGUGGGAAUACGCAUUUACCCCUGGCAUCAAAAACUGCAGCUUCAAGCUACUGCCUGCCAGGAAGAGCUAGAAGCCAGAUAGACCUCUCCAUGAUACACGAUGAUUACUCUAGCCAGUCUUCUGCCUUAACUGAUGAUGAAUCAAAGGAUACUCGUUUUGGGAGAAAUGGAUCUGAGAAGAUAAUCCGAGCAGUUCAUGCUCAGAAGAAGGCUGGCCAUCCAUCUGAGGAAGUUGUAAAUGGUGGAUUAUAUGCAGCAAUGAGGAAAGAACUAAGACACGCUGUUGAAGAAAUACGAACUGAACUAAACCAGGCAAUGGGAAAAAAUCAGAUAGCUUUGGCCAGUAAUGACUGCUCGCUAUCAGAAAAUGCUAAGACUCCUCAUGAUUCCUUCAGAAUCAGAGAGAAAUAUGUUCAACAAUUGGAGCAGCGCUGCAGUGCAAGCCAUUUGUUUCCGCUCUUUUAUCAACUCCCUUGCAGUUGGAGGGACUUAUAUUGGUUGUUAAGCUCCUUAUAGUUCCUUCCAACCAUUCCCUGAUACAUUCUUGAAACGAUAGGGUCAGGUGUUCCUUUCUGCAUAUAAUAUUCUUCUGGUUGUACUUGAUUUUUUCCAUCAAGUGUUUCUGGGUCCUAGAGGAAAUUCCUUGUGAAACUCAAGGUGAUCGAAGUAAAUAGACAGCUGCGGAAGCACAAGAAAGCAUGGAUAAGGAUAAUGAUAUUUCUCCUUCCAACACUUGUAUGUAACUAAUGCAGCUUUUACUUUCUUCACAUGUGGUGUCCUAAACUAGAUACAAAAUGGGUCAGCUGAGAAGGCAUUUUGCUAUAAUGCAGAUUGCGAUGCAUCCCAACAAAUUGGAUACUGUGUAAUACAGAUUACUACAUUUUUAUUAGUGCAUUUUACUGCAGUUA